UCACAGUCAUCAUCACGGGAAAAUAAAACUGUUGCGUUGCGUUGUUUUUAGUUUGUUGCUUGCUUGUGGAGUUGUGGCAGUAAGGGAUUAUAAAUUAGUUUGUGUAGUGCAAAGGUGCAGAUGUACAGUGUAGUUUAAUAUUUGCAAAACAAAUAUUCUUGAGAUAUGUUAUGAAUAAUAAGAUAACUAUUAAAUAGUGAAAAAUGCCACCUACCGUUCAAACAAACGAUCCGGAAAGAGACAAACGUCCACAACGGGCAGGCGAAAGGAGAUCGGAGCUUGUGACACGAGUGAAAUACUGCAAUACGCUUCCAGACAUACCUUUCGACUUAAAAUUUAUCACGUAUCCAUUUCCAUCGACAAGAUUCAUACAAUAUAAUCCAACCUCUUUGGAGAAGAAUUAUCGCUAUGAAGUACUUACGGAGCACGACUUAGGUGUGCACAUUGACUUGAUAAACCGGGACAUAUAUCAAGGAGACGGCAAUGCUGUACUGGAUCCCGCUGACGAGAAAUUAUUGGAAGAUGACAUCCUCACCCCUCAAGACUCGAAGAGGUCACGACAUCAUGCGAAGAACGUAUCCUGGUUGCGUCGCUCUGAGUACAUCUCUACUGAGCAGACUCGAUUCCAACCUCAAUCUAUGGAGAAGGUUGAAGCGAAAGUCGGUUACAAUGUUAAGAAGAUCUUCAGUGAAGAGACACUGUACAUGGACCGAGAGAGUCAAAUCAAAGCCAUCGAGAAGACGUUUGAGGACAACAAGAAGCCUAUAGAAAAACAUUAUAGUAAACCAGGUGUUACACCAGUGGAAAUUAUGGAAGUAUUCCCUGACUUUGACAUGUGGAAGUAUCCUUGUGCUCAAGUCAUAUUUGAUUCUGACCCUGCACCUGCCGACAAGAAUAUUGCUGGACAGAUCGAGGCCAUGUCUCAGGCUAUGAUUCGAGGUGUGAUGGAUGAAAGUGGAGAACAGUUUGUGGCUUACUGUCUACCCACUGAGGAAACAAUACAGAAACGUCGCCGUGAUAUUGCUGAGAACAUGCUUUACAUGGACGGAGACACAUAUGAGUACAAAAUGGCUAGAGAAUACAACUGGAAUGUCAAGAGUAAAGCUUCAAAGGGUUAUGAGGAGAACUAUUUCUUGGUUAUCCGCAACCAUUGUGUGUACUACAACGAGUUGGAGACCCGUGUACGUCUAUCCAAGCGCCGCGCACGCGCCGGCGUCGCUGCGCAAGCGCUGACUCGCUUGGUCGUCACACAUCGACCGCUUAGCGCAGCUGAACAUCGUAUGCUGAGAUUGCGAGAGAAACAACUUGAGCCACCACAGGAGGAAGACGAAGAAGAAGAAGAGGAUGAUGACGAUGACGAUGAAGAUAAGCAGGAACAAAAUGGAGAGAAGGAGAGUCGCCUCAAGGAUCAGAUCGGUCGAAAGCUUCAAAAUCAAGAUCAAGGUCUGGAACACGGGAUCGUUCCCGCUCGAGAUCCAAAUCCAAAUCGAAAUCCAGAAGUCGGUCUCGUUCUGGAUCUGGUUCCAGGAAAUCCAGAUCGCGUUCUGGGUCUGCACGUUCCGGUUCUGCGAGAUCUGGUUCAGUUCAAUCUCGUUCUCGUUCCCGCUCUCGAUCUCGUUCAAAGUCUGGAUCCCGCGCAUCAUCGCGAGCAUCUUCCCGCGCAAGCUCUAAAAGUGGAAAGGGAUCUCGUGCCAGUUCUGCAAGUGGAAGGGGUUCCAGGGCCAGUUCUAAAGCCAGUGGCAAUGGUUCAAGAGCAAGUUCUAGGGCAAGUUCACGUGCCUCAUCUCGGGCAAGCAAGCGAUCCUCGCGAGCAUCCUCGAGAGGAUCCCGUGCCUCAUCCAAGUCAAAAGCUUCAGGCUCCAAGGCAUCUUCUCGUGCAAGUUCUAGAAGGAACUCCGGAUCUGGAAGCGCGUCUGACAGGUCAAGAAGUAGAUCUGGAAGCGGAUCUAGAAGGGGUUCCCGAAGCCGUAGUGGAUCGGCAUCUAGUGGAUCAUCACGACACAGCGGUUCUGACUAAACUCACAAAUUAUAUCAACUUUUAUAGUAACGGUGUUCUCGAAGGAAUUUGGAGGUUUAUUCAAGUGUUUUAGAUUGGUACUGAGACUUAGGGCUGAUUUUUCAACGGUUAGAUAAAAAGUUGUCUGAGGAAUAAUUGUGAUGCUGUCGCGUCACAAUGUUUGUAUAAGACAGUGACAGCAACAAUAUUGUUCCUCAGAUAACAUUCAUCUAACCAUUGAAAAACAGACCAUAGUAACAUUAUUAACUUCGACAGACGAUUGUACCCUUUUCAUCAUCAUCCUUGUCAGCUUUUGUCGGUCUUCUAUUGACCACCACAAAAUACCUUUCAAUUCCAUCUCUAAAAUGUACAAUGCUCAAGUAAACCUCCAUUUAUUAUCGUAGGCCACCUGUUACUUAAAUUGUGUUCACAAUCGUAGAAUGUGUUGCUUCAAUUCGAACCCUUGUAUAGAAUAUUUCAAUAAAUAUUGUAAGAAUUUA